AUGCCCUCCGCCGGCUCGGAGACACCCGCCAUGCUGGACGAGAAAAGCGCAGACCCGCCCUUAACCGAAACAAGCUGCCCUCAACCCGUCGAGCCCGUUUCAUCCCAACGCCAACUAUGGCGCGCAUCCGCAACAGGAGAAACACCAGCGCAGACAGAAGCCCAACCCGAAAUCGAAGCCGAAGGCGCAGUCCAAACUGAGCCCGCGCGCACCGCAGAACCAAUCCUCUCCCCACACGUUACGCACUUCUACACCGUCUCCUACCUCAUCUUCUUCGCGAUCUGGGGCACCCUCGCACGAGUGGGCCUGCAAGCCUUGACCUUCUACACUGGCGCACCCGUCGUGACAGGCGUGCUAUGGGCGAACGUCGGCGGAAGCCUCGUAAUGGGGUUUCUAGCUGAGGACCGCAAGCUCUUCUGCGAAGAAUGGGGCCAAACGCCGAUCCAGCCGAAGACAACAGACGAAGCGCACGAGCUCGCAAAGAAACACAAAGCCGUCAAGAAGACCAUUCCGCUGUACGUGGGACUCGCGACUGGAUUCUGCGGCUGCUUUACCUCAUUUUCCUCCUUUAUUAGAGACGUCUUUCUCGCUCUGUCCAAUUCCCUUCCGGACCCUUCCUUGCCUGCGGGUGAUAGUAUCGUCUCCCGGAAUGGCGGGUACAGUUUCAUGGCCUUGGUGGCGGUUAUUAUCCUCACUGUGUCUCUGAGUUUGUCCGCGUUGAUCUUCGGCGCACACCUUGCCCUGGCCCUCGCGCGGUUUACGCCCACUGUCCCCUUCGCCCCGACGCGCCGCAUCGUGGAUCCCGCCAUCGUCGUACUAGGCUGGGGCUGCUGGCUCGGCGCUGUUUUUCUGGCUAUCUGGCCACCCGACCGACAUGAUGGACCAGAUACAUGGCGCGGACGUGCGGUGUUGGCAUGCGUCUUUGCGCCGUUGGGCUGUCUGUUUCGAUUCUACGUAUCCCUGUAUCUGAACAGUCGGAUCUCGAGCUUCCCGCUCGGCACGUUUACAGUGAAUAUAUUCGGGACGAUCAUCGAGGGUGUCUGCUAUGACCUGCAGCAUGUGAGUGGACUCGGUGCUGUGGUGCCGGCUGCUUUGAGUGGGUGCCAGGUGUUGCAGGGUGUUAUGGAUGGGUUCUGUGGGAGUGCCACGACGGUUAGUACGUGGGUGGCUGAGUUGAAUGGGUUGUCGAAGAGGAGGCAUGCGUAUGUAUAUGGCGUGACGAGUGUGGCGGUUGCUCUUGGAUUCUUGGUUGUGAUUAUGGGGUCGUUGGCUUGGACGCGGGGGUUUGAUGAAGCUGUUUGUGGGUGA